AUGCGGCGCAUUCGCAUUUCCAAUGACCCGUGCCUUUCCGCGCCGCCAUGUGAUGUGCUGUGCGGUGUUGUCCGGCGGUACUGUGCUGACUGGAGCUCUGCUUGUUGCUGCAGGCUCGUUGGACACUCCGUGGACGACCAUCCGCACUGCCGCUCUUGCGACACCACAUGCUCUCCCUCCCGUGUGUGUGCUCUCCUUCCCCUCACCCCCUUCCCCCCUCUUUCCCGCACCAACGUGCCUGCUGAAGUGCUUUUGAGACACCGCGUCACGGUGCUCUUCCCCCGUCUGUGUGCUCUCCCUCCCCCCCCCCCCCCCGUGUGUGCGGUCUCCCUCCCCCCGUGUGUGCGGUCUCCCUCCCCCCGCGUGUGCGCUCUCCCUCCCCCCACGUGUGCGCUCUCCCUCCCCCCGUCUGUGCGCUCUCCCUCCCCCCCCCCCGUGUGUGCGGUCUCCCUCCCCCCGUGUGUGCGCUCUCCCUCCUCCCGUGUGUGCGCUCUCCCUCCUCCCGUGUGUGCGCUCUCCCUCCCCCCGUGUGUGCUCUCUCCCUCCCCCCGUGUGUUCGCUCUCCCUCCUCCCGUGUGUGCGCUCUCUCUCCUCCCAUGUGUGCGCUCUCUCUCCUCCCGUGUGUGCGCUCUUCUCUUCCCCUCUGGUAGACUGGCAGAUGCCGAGACGGUGCUGGUGGGGUGGACGUACUCCCGCUGGAGUCCUGAAAUCGCCAGUUCCCCCCCUGUGUGCGCUCUCUCCCCCUUCCCCCUCUCUGUGCCGCCAGGACGCCAAGACGGCGCUGGUGGGCUGGAGGUUAUCCCUCUAAGGGGCCAACACGGUGGUGGUGGGUUGGAAGUUUUUCCGCUGGAAUUCCUUUUGUUGACUCUUCCCCCCCCUAUGUGUGCCCUCUCCCCCCAUGUGUGCCCUCUCCCCCCAUGUGUGCCCUCUCCCCCCAUGUGUGCCCUUUCCCCCCAUGUGUGCCCUCUUCUCCCCACUGCCCCUUCCCGGUCCUCGCUGUCAGGACGCCAAGACGGUGCUGGUGGGGUGGAGGACGCCAAGACGGUGAUGGUGGGGUGGAGGUACUCCCGCUGGAGCCCCAGAGUGCGCAUGUGGCAACCCUUCCCCCGCAUGUGUGUGCUCUUCCCCACCCCCCUCAAACCCCCUCCACCCCUCUUCCCCCCCCCCUCCCAGGACGCCAGGACGGUGGUGGUGGGGUGGAGGUACACCCGCUGGAGCCGCAGAGUGCGCACAUGGCCAGCCCCUCGUGUCGUCUCUGGAGACGUUCUUGGUUAG